GCCACAAAAAAGUUAUAUUUUUACAUGCUUUUUAGUAAAAUAGUGUGCAGUUUUAUUUGUUUUGUUUUUAUUAUUAUUAUUUUUUAUUUUGAAGUUCCAAGUAGCAAGAAAGGAUCUAGGAAAAUUAAUUUUAAAAAUGGCAUUAAUAAAAGUGAUAUCCAUAAAAACAGUGGUUUUCAAAGUGGGGGCCGCGGCCCCCUUGGCCGCCAGGGGGAGCCCGGGGGGCCUCAACAAUUUGGUCGGAGCUACCAAGCCCAUCCCUCCCGCUAGUAUAUUUUCUCUUUCUCACUCUCAGACAACCACACACACAAUCAAUACCUAAUGUAAUGUAAAGAUGUAAGAUGUAAUUAUUAAUUUAGAUAAAGGGGAUAUAUUCAGAAGUCUGUAUUUUGUAUGUGUUUUAAAGACAUCUUGCAAAAGGGGGGCCUCGGUCAAAUGUUAAUGCCAUCUGGGGGGCCUUGCCCUGAAAAAGUUUGGGAACCCCUGCAUAAAAACGUCAUAAAUCGAAAACAAUGAGCUUUUCUGGUUAAUCAAGGUUCUUGAGUCUCUUAAAAAGAUUACAUUUUGGCUCACAGUAAACAAAUCGCUCUUAUGUAUUUAUAAUAUUUACUCGUUAAGUUGCAUGCGGCACUUGUUGCAGUGCUGGAAUGUUUUCUGAAGCGUCACAUCCGUCUGAUGGAAGUUCAGGAAGUUCUCCAGUUUUUAUCUCUCUCUCUCUCUCUCUCUGGGACUUGUCUAACCUGCCAUCACUAAUUACUCGGAAGUGUCAGAAAUGGGCGAGACGAACACGGCACGACUUUGUCUUCUGACCCGAGCCUGAUUUCCCCCCUUUCUCAGCACAUUACUGCUGUGUUCAGUGAGUUGUUAUGAUGUCUGUCCGCAGCUUGCCGCUGCUGUGUCUCUGUUUUUGGAGCUCGGAGUCACUUUACCGAGUCCCUCUGAAGAUGUUUAGCGGAAAGUUGGACUCGUCGGUGCUGCUGGAGCUCAGUGCCUUAAAGAGAAACCAGAGCGCAUCUGGAGACGGCCUGUCUCUCGCAUCGGAUCCUGCGGGAAAUGUCAACUUCUUAAGCAUGGUGGAUAAUUUAGAAGGGGACGCUGGUCGGGGUUAUUACUUGCAGAUGGUGAUCGGGACGCCAGGUCAGACGUUGAAUAUCCUGGUGGACACUGGAAGCAGUAACUUUGCUGUAGCUGCUGCGACACAUCCCUACGUCUCAACAUACUUCAACAGAGCACUCUCCCGUACAUAUAAACCAAGUGGCAAGUCCGUGUCAGUCAGAUACACUCAAGGUGACUGGCAGGGAGAGCUGGGCUCAGACUUCAUCACGAUCCCUCAAGGCCCCAACGGCACCAUUGUGAUCAACAUCGCUGCUAUCUUAACCUCAGACGGCUUCUUCCUCCCUGGCAUCAACUGGCAGGGCAUUUUGGGACUGGCAUACCCUUUACUAGCUCGGCCCGACCCAUCUGUGGAGCCCUUUUUCGACUCACUAGUGAAGCAGACAGGCAUCCCAGAUGUUUUCUCUCUCCAGAUGUGCGGCGCAGGAAUCUCCGCCAGCACUGCCACCAACCCAGCAGAUGGGAGUUUGAUCAUGGGAGGACUUGAACCAACACUGUACCGCGGCUCAAUGUGGUAUACGCCCAUCGUACAAGAGUGGUACUACCAAGUGGAGGUCUUGAAACUGGAAGUUGGAGGCAAGAAUCUAAACCUGGACUGCAGGGAGUAUAAUUCAGAUAAAGCCAUUGUGGACAGCGGGACAACGUUACUACGGCUUCCUGUGAAAGUGUUUGAUGCUGUCGUGGAGGCCAUCACACAAAUGUCAAUGAUCCAGGACUUCUCUUCCGGUUUCUUCUCUGGGACCAAGUUGGCUUGCUGGAUGAAAGGAGAGUCACCGUGGGGAUUCUUCCCGAAAAUCUCAAUCUACCUCAGAGCAACCAACACUAGCCAGUCAUUUCGUCUCACAAUUCUCCCACAGCUCUACAUCCAACUGGUCGCGGACAUGGACGGCACACUGAACUGCUUCCGAUUUGGCAUCUCCUCCUCCACGAACGGCCUGGUGAUCGGCGCAACAGUCAUGGAAGGCUUCUAUGUGGCUUUCGACCGCGCCUACAAGCGGGUCGGUUUCGCCGUGAGCGCUUGCGCCGAAAGUAACGGCAUUACCGUGGCAGAGAUAAGUGGACCAUUCCUGGCUGACAGUGUGGCGUCGGGCUGUGCAGACGGCCUUCGACUGCAGGAACCUUUAAUGUGGGUUGCGGCCUACACCCUGAUGGCACUGUGUGCCCUGGUACUACUCAUCCUCCUGGCUCUGAUCGUCGUGCCGUGCCGGUGUCGUCGGCGGGACGGAGAAAUCACAGAUGAGUCCUCGCUAGUACGCAAUCGCAUCAAAUGAUGCUGGGCCUAAAAACUCAGCCCGAAAAAUAGGACCGGUCAGGCUGCGGGCUGGGGACGAGAGUGGAGGACACUCUUCUGACUGAAAUCAUGGUCGACUGUUUAGCAUUAGAAGAUUAAAUUGUUUAUUAGAAGACUCAUAAGAGCACAAACCUUGUCUGAAGCGAAUACAACUACUGAAGGUAGCAUGGGUUUGGGGUUCUUUCCACCAAAGAGGUGUUUUCUUCUUAUUAUUGUUAUUUAUCAAACAUUAAUGUAAAAGAUCACAUAAUUUUCCACUAAUAUGUUCCCAUUGACUGUUGAUUAGGAGUGUAUGUGAGUUAUCAAUUGAAUGAAACCGAGGUGGUUGUAGCGUUACUACCUCACACCUCCAGGCUCAUCGGUUCUAUCAUGAGCUCGACUUACUGUCUGUGUGGAGUUUACAUUUCUCCCCAAGUCUGUAUUGGUUUUGUUCCAUCUCCCAGAAAAAAAACAUGCCGGUGAGUGGAUUAGAGACUCUAAAUUGUACCAAGAAGUGAGUAAGUGCAUGUAUGGAGUCCUGCGAUGGACAUGGCAUCCUAUACAUCCAGGGUGUGUUCCCGGGAUCAGCUCCGGACCCACCGCGACCCCGCCCAGGAUGUGAAAGCGCUUACUGAAGAUUAACGAAUGAAACACAGGACGUCACAACGAAGGAAGUGGUGUGUGAACGUUGUAUUCUUAAAUGUUUAAAUUUCAUGCAGGGAUUUAACAGGAAAUCAGUUCAUCUCAGUUUUAAUCAAUGAUUAUUAAAUAAUAAUUAAUAGAUUUUUAGUUGACUGUAGGUAAAACUCAAAAUAUUUCAACAAAAAAUAUUUUUGUGAUUAUAAAUCACAAAAUCCAGUACAUACUUUAUCAGAAAUGACAGCCGGUUGCAUCAGCGCAGAGGUAAAAUGAAAUAAAUACAAGAUGAACUGAUGCCAAAGAAGCCGACAUGAAGGCUUCGUUACUAUUUAAAUGCACUAGAAGGACACUUCAUUGUUAAUACGUUAAUGAUGAUGCUACUGAGAUAGUAAAUUAAAUAUGAAUGGCACACUUUUUUUUUAUUAGCUGGUGUACAAUAGCACAUGCAGAAGAGCUCAAAAUGAAAGGUUAUGAAAAAUCACCUUUUUUUUUUAAAUUCUAUGAGUACUUGAUUGUGAUUGUACUAGAAGCUGUGCAAAUAUUAUAUGCAAACACUGUACAGUGCAAAAUGAGAGGAAUUCAAAUAUAAUCUUUAUGAAUGGUUUUUUUUCUACUCAAAAUUCGAAUUAAAUAAAAGGUUGUAUAUAUGGUGCUGAUGCUUCUGAACAAUCAAAAACACCCUCAGUGAUUUAUUUCAGAUAUUGCAUGACUCUUUUAUUAUCGAUUCUUUUCGCGGUGUUGUAGCUAGUUCUAGGCGUUUUUGUUUUAAGUGGUAAACAUGGGUCUUUGGGGGAAAAAAUGGGUUCCUUGGAUGGUUGAUGUUUGCGGUGGGGAUGAGUAACCUACUGAGUAUAUAAGCAAUGAGAGGCCUCAUAGAACAUUUUAUUAAACUCUGUUGGUGUUGGUUGC